AUCACACGAGAUGCAUCUUUAGUGGGAUUCUGAAUGUUCUCUGAUUCCCAAAGCCGGAGACUUUUCCAAGUUUUGGACGUCAGAUGUUAGACAGAGAUGGGACGAGGGUCCUCGAACCAACAUGCUGAGGACGAAACGGACCUUACUAACAGUGAAAAGCAUCCGUGAUGAGACGUUUAUAACCGGACAGACAGACAGCAUCUCCUCUGACAUCUUAAACCUGGACACUUCUGACGUCAUGAGUAACUAACUAUUUACCUUGACAGUGUUCCGGUAGGGUUUGUUUUGGACGACCCGUGCAUUGUUACGGGGUCUAACUGCGCGGUUAUGUAACUCGUAAGUGCUUUCCGUGGUCGAAGAAACCGAGUCUGUCGGUAUCUCUCAUGCUCCGGUGCAUGACUGCUCGCGCGCUCGCUCCCUCCCUCGCGCCGGUAGUCACCUCACGUGAAUCUCUCACCGUUUACAAUCGUCCCCGCGACGGCUCUCUCUGUCCGGUGAGAUGGCCGCGGCGAUCGCCAGUUCGCUCAUUCGACAGAAGCGGCAGGCGCGCGAGUCCAACAGCGAGCGCGCGGCGUCCGGCAAGCGCCGCUCGAGCCCCGCUAAAGAGCCCGGCGGCCGAGGAACUCUAUGCGCGCGGCACCUGUUCGGACUCUUCGGUAAAGUUCGACUCUGCAGCGGGAAAAAACGACCCGUGCGCCGGAAACCAGGUCAAAUCCAGCUGAAGGGGAUAGUGACCCGACUUUUCAGUGAGCAGGGCUUCUUCCUGCAGAUGAUGCCCGAUGGGACCGUUAGUGGAACCACAGAUGAAAACAGUGACUACACUCUGUUUAAUCUCAUCCCGGUGGGUUUGCGUGUGGUGGCGAUGCAGGGCGCGAAGGCUGGACUCUAUGUGGCCAUGAAUGGAGAAGGUUUCCUCUAUUCCACAGAUAUCUUCACAGCGGAGUGUAGGUUUAAGGAGAGCGUGUUUGAGAAUUAUUACGUGAUCUACUCAUCUACAGUGUACCGACAGCACGAGAGCGGCCGCGCCUGGUACCUCGGACUCACCAAGGACGGGAUCAUUAUGAAGGGAAACCGCGUCAAGAAGACUAAACCCUGUUCACACUUUGUGCCCAGACCCAUUGAAGUGUGUAUGUAUAAAGAGCCCUCGCUACACGAACUCGACGAGAAACAGCGAUCCAGGAAAAACUCAGGAACUCCCACUAUGGGCACCAGAAAAGAGCUCAACCAGGACUCUACUGACCAUGAAGGAUCAUAGCCACACAAACACACACACACACACACACACACACACACACACACACUGAUCUGUAAAUGUACACCACACACACACUUAAACACACCCUCUGGUGACCCCAGGAGCUGAAUGCUUUCUUACACCCGACAAACAACAGCAUCUACAAACAUCAAACGAAAAUAAAGUAAUGUGAAACACAAAAAAGUUUAAGAAAAAAACAACGCUGAUUUCUUGCCUGUGACGAUGUUUUAGGAAUAUUUGAGAAUCAGGACAUGAUCUUACAUUUUAUGCAAAGUCCGUCGGAGUCACGUCGCCCGUGGAGACGCGUGCAGGUCUUUUCUGUUGGGUGUUGAGCUUUAAGCCAUUUUUGAUCUUCACACUUUGAUUUAUGAAUGCCAAAAGCACUUUCACGUACUGCUAUACGUCACUCGCCUCAUUAAUACCGAAUGUUCUCUCAUCAUUGCUCGGGGUUUUUAUUCGGGGGGUGGGUGUGGGUGAAUUCUGCUCUCUGAUUGGCGGAUGGGGGAGGGUUUAGGAAUCGUGCCCUGCUGAUAGGCUCUGACAGUCAUGUGACCUUACUGGAAUGGAUUAGAUUAAUCCACUUUAUAUCACCGCACAGAUUCACUGUAUACUCACGCUGCGCUAAAGGGGUCAUAUUCUGCAUUUUUGUAGCAAUGUAUUUAUUUGUAGAUUUAUUUUUCAAGCGAGGAUCACUUGCACUGGUUUCUUACGUUUAAAACAUAUUUCAGUAUUUCACGGACGUUUCUCUGACGUCGAGGCUGGUUCUGCUGCCGUACCUUUAAGACUUGUGCCGCUGGUAUGUGAUUGGUUAACCGAGACUGAACAGGCGUGUAGAUAUGUCAAUGUGGCCGGACAUAUGUUAAUGUGCAUGAACAUAUAAUCACAGACAUUUUUUAGGGAUUCUAUAAAUGUGAAUGUUGAGUAUACAUACGUUAAACUUUUUUAUAAGAUGUGAUGUGAUCCCUUUAACACGUGACGCCUUGAGGAAAGUGUCCCUGUUUGGAUAGGAUUAGUUUGGUUUCUAGCUCUUUAUUGAUGUAUCGUACAAUGAGGUUUGUCACGAUAGCCUGACACUCGUUCAGACACUACACACUUCUACAUUACAGACAUCAGCUGUGACUCUACAAACUAAUGCCAUCCGAACACGGCUGAAGACAACCAGGGGAUUUUCAGUGACGUCACACAGGAAGUGAUGUCAUACAGACUGUGACGUAACCUCUGCGAUCCAUUUCAGCGCUUCUACACCGUGUGCUCGUGGAUCACUUCAUGUUAAAAAACUCCUUUCGCUUUCUGAGAGAUUUGGGUAUUUUAUCCUGCCAAAAGCACAGACUGCCCUCCAAACUGGACAUAAACUGGACGACCACUUUAAACCCAGUGUGUAUAGCUGCCCCCGAUUUCCUUUACUCAUCAGACUGCGUUUGGAAUGAGAUACUAACAUACUGCACACUAUAGACUGUAUACUGCCUUCUGUAAAAAACAAACAAAAAAACAGGGAAGAAAUGUUUCAAACUGUAGUAUACUGCGUUGUUGUCACGUGACCUCAUUAUGUUGCAUGUUUAAUUCAGCGAGUGGCUUCCAGUUUGUAACUCAAACAUUUAUUUCGCAAACAGUUGAUCAAAUAAAGUGAAAAAAAUCAAGAAGUGGAUAUUACGUUUUUUUCAUUGCAUGAGAAAUAGUGCAUUGUGGGAUAGCGCAGUGUGCUCUAUGUCAUAGGUCAUUCAUCGCAUACUAUGUGCAGUAUAGUGCUAGUGUGUUAUUAUGCUGUUCCGAACAUAGCCACAUUUUUGAUCGAGCGUAAUCUAAUUGGUCACUGAAGUCCAGGUUCCUUCCCCUUUAAAUGUGAUCUACCUGUUCAUUGGUCAGAUCCAGCGAUAUAAAGUCCAGUCAAUUCAAUUCAAUUCAAUUCAAUUUUAUUUAUAUAGCGCUUUUCACAAUGUGCAUUGUUCCAAAGCAGCUUUACAGGAGCAAAUAAGAAAAACACAGAAAGGUAAAACACAGCACAGUGCAUGGUGUUUAUAGACCAAGCAAGAUCAUUAUAAUAAAUAAUAUCUAAUAAAUAAAUGAAUAAAUAAAUAAAUGCAGUCUCCCGGUGAGCAAGCCAACACUGCACUGCUCUGCUGUGGCGAGGAACCCAAACUCCAAUGAUGAAUAAUGGAGAAAAAAAAACCUCGGGAGAAACCAGGCUCAGCCGGGAGGGCCAGAUCUCCUCUGACGUGUCAUAGCUGCACUCAGUGACCCCGACCAAAGCCACCGAGCAACGUCCACGAAGAACAGGGAGAGCCCACGAGCCGCGACCCAGGAAGCCCCACCCGCCGAAACCGUGCAGGUCCAACCCGGUCCCAUUCCGCGAUCAACAACAGACAACAGAGGAACAACCAGGGAAAAGUAGUAAUGGCAUAAUUAACUUUAUUCCUCUGUUGUCCGACAUCGACCACAAAACAAGACCAACCAGACCAGACCCACACAGUCCCAACAAAUGAAACGCCCCGAACCACAACCAACAAGCCCCCCCACUCCCUACAACACCCACCCAGCUACCUCCAAUCAAAGUCACUGAGUGCAGCCAUAACUUCAAACUGCUGUCGUGUGAUGUAAGUUUAGCAUUAAAUACCAAGUAUUGUAAAUUUAGCAUUUAUGUGACAGGUAGUCCGUCUUUGCUCUCGGUUGGGGAUGGAAUUGUCUGAGCUGGGCCGGCCAGAUGGUCGCCUUUUUCUUGGGUGGUGAUGGAAUUGCCUUGGAUGGAGCUGGAUGGUCAGUCAGUCCGCAGGCUCUCGCAGGAGGAUGGCACGGGAUUUUCCGAUGUAGCUGGCGUAAUCUCUAGUUGGGGAUGGGCAUAUGACGUUCAUCUGGGCCUGGCGGAAUCUCUCCCUACCUCGGGAUGGGCAUCCCGAGGCGAGGGCAGAAAGAGAAAGAGAAUAAUUAGCGUAGCUGCUGUUCAUUAGCUAUGUAUUAGUGAAUGCUUGGCUGAAAAGAUGUGUCUUUAAUCUAGAUUUAAAUUGGGAGAGUGUGUCUGACCCUCGAAUAGUAUCGGGGAGGCUAUUCCAGAGUUUAGGUGCUACGUAUGAGAAAGCUCUACCCCCUUUGGUGGAUUUAGUUAUUCUAGGUGUUAUCAAAAGUCUGGAGUUUUGAGAUCUUAGAGAGCGUGAUGGGUUGUAGUGUGGUAGAAGCUCUGUUAUGUAGGUAGGGGCUAAACCGUUUAAGGCUUUAUAAGUAAUUAAAAGAACUUUAAAGUCAAUACGAUACUUAAUGGGUAACCAGUGAAGGGUUGAUAACAUUGGGGUUAUGUGAUCGUAUUUUCUGGACCUGGUUAGAACUCUGGCAGCUGCAUUCUGAACUAACUGUAGUUUGUUUAUUGAUGCUGCAGGACAACCACUAAGCAGUGCAUUACAGUAGUCAAGUCUUGAGGUCACAAAUGCAUGAAUAAGCUUCUCUGCGUCAGCCACACAUAAAAUAUUUCGCAAUUUGGCAACAUUUCUAAGGUGGAAGAAGGCUGUUUUUGUGACAUUUGAGAUGUGAUUUUUAAAUGACAGGUUGCUGUCUAAUAUAACGCCAAGGUCUUUAACUGUAUUUGUUGGAGUAACAGUGCAGCCUUCAAUUUGCAGGUCAUAAUCCGAAAUAUUCUGCUCACGUGUCUUUGGUCCGAUAAGUAAUAUUUCUGUUUUAUUAGAAUUUAAAAGAAGGAAAUUACAAGUCAUCCAAUGCUUUAUAUCGUCGAUGCACUCUGCCAAUUUGGAUAGUUGGAAGGAAUCAUCUGGUCUUGAUGAGAUAUAUAGCUGAGUAUCAUCUGCAUAACAGUGGAAGCUAAUUCCAUGUUUUCUAAUAAUGUUUCCAAGGGGCAGCAUGUAUAUGGAGAAUAGCAAGGGUCCUAAAACCGAUCCCUGAGGUAAUCCAUAAUUUACUUGCGUUAGAUUUGAUGAUUCCCCAUUUAAAUGGACAAAUUGAUGUCUGUCUGAUAAGUAAGAUCUGAACCAUUGUAGUGCCUGUCCCUGAAUACCGGUAUAAUUGUGUAAGCGAUCUAGAAGUAUUUUAUGGUCUACAGUAUCGAACGCAGCACUAAGGUCGAGCAGGACUAGGAGUGAGAUGUUACCUUUAUCUGAUGCUAUAAGCAGGUCGUUUGUAAUUUUAACGAGCGCAGUUUCAGUACUAUGAUGCGGUCUAAAGCCUGACUGGAAUUUUUCGUGUAUGUCAUUAUUUUGUAAGAAAGAGCACAACUGAGUGGACACUACUUUUUCUAGUAUUUUAGACAGGUAAGGGAGAUUUGAAAUCGGUCUAUAGUUUCCUAGUUCAUUGGGGUCUAAGUUUGGUUUCUUGAUAAGAGGCUUAAUGACGGCCAGUUUAAAGGGUCCUGGGACAUGGCCUAGAUUAAUUGACGAGUUGAUAAUGUUAUAAAUGGGCUCAAUUGCAACGGGUAAUAACUCUUUUAAUAAUUUAGUUGGUAUGGGGUCUAAUAAGCAAGUUGUAGGUUUAGAUGUUGCAAUAAGUUUAAUUAAAUCUUCCUGUUUUAUAGGUGAAAAACACUGUAGCCUUUCUUUUGGGGCGAUGGUUGGUACUAAUUUAUAGGACAGACUUGGAGGUUGAGUUUUUACUAUUUUGUCUCGUAUGUUUUCGAUUUUCUCUGUAAAAAAAUUCAUGAAAUCAUUGCUACCAAGGUGCGGCGGAAUACCCAGGUCAGGUGAAGUCUGUUUAUUUGUUAGUUUAGCAACUGUACUAAAUAAAAACCUUGGAUUGUUUUUGUUAGUUUCUAUGAGGUUACGGAGGUGCUCAGCCUUUGCUGCUUUUAGUGCCUUUUUAUAACAGUUUGCACUCUCUUUCCACGCAAUUUUAAAGACCUCUAAUUGGGUUUGUUUCCAUUUGCGCUCCAGUUUACGUGUUUCUCUUUUAAGGGCGCGAGUGGUGCUAUUGUACCAUGGUGCUGCGUUUUUCUCAUUAAUCUUUUUUGACUUCAUAGGUGCGACAGCUUCUAAUGUAUUAGAGAAAAUAGUGCCCAAUUUGCUGGUCAUGUCAUCGAGCGAUUCUAUAUUUAUUGGUAUGGUUAUUAAAGGAGUCAGAUCUGGCAAGCUCUUUGUGAAACUAUCUUUAGUAGUCGAGGUAAUUGUUCUACCCUGUCGAUAACGAGUUAAACGGCUGAUUUCUGCAGUGCGCAGUGUACAUGUUAUAAGAUAGUGAUCAGUGACAUCGUCGCUUUGAGGUAUAAUAUCUAUAUUGGUUAGAUCGGCUCCGUGAGAUAUAAUCAAGUCUAGUGUAUGAUUAAAUCGAUGAGUGGGUCCAUUUCCAAAGACAGUCGGCUGUCUUUGGACGCUGACGGCGAGAUGUCUUCCAUUAGUGGAGCUGCACCAGCAUCAACACAGGGGGGGUCAAAGGUCAGGGUCGGGGUUCCGAAUGUGAGCAAAAUCAAGAGGGCAUGAUGGGGUCUGUAAAAAUGAAGAUGUCUGCCUGUAUUUCAUAGAAGACAAUUUGUUUAUUGAUUAUUGCCAUGCUGAAAUGAUCUUUCGCUGACGUGGGAAGUUCAUUCUUUCGCUGAUGUUCGCACCUUAAUUCUGAACACAUUCAUAUUCAUGAUGUAAAGAGUUCUGAAUGAAGCAUUAAACCUGCCACUGGAGGAAAAUGUCAUUCAAAAUAAAAAAAAUACGAAACUCC